AUGUUUUCCUUCCUCCCUACCCCACCUUCCUCUCCUCCAGCAGCUGAUCUGUUCCUGCCACCCUCUCCCGGUGACUGCAGUGCCUUCCCCAGCUCCCCCAUCCUCUGCCCUGAACUUUGCUUCUGCAUCCCUUGCCAGGACAGACCAACCCUACCACCUCCCUCUCCACCCCACCAUUUCCACUGCCUUCAUCCCCUGCACAUCUCACUCCUCCCAACUGAAUCCUUCCCACUGCAGGGAGCUGCUGAGGAGCCACAUGGUCCAUCCCUGGAUUCUCCAAGCACUGACUCCCCAUCCACUCUGACCACAGCCAGGGGACACAUCCCACUGCCUGCCCAGCAUCCAUCCAUGGAGGUGACCACCGUGUCCCCAUCUCCUGCCUCACCCACUGAAGGAGACAAUCUGUGUGAGACAGAUGUCACCAGCAUGUCCAUACACAGUGUGUCCCUGCUCAUCUGCCUCUGUGGGCUGGCUGGGAACGGGGCUGUGCUCUGGCUCCUUGGCUCCUGCUGUUUGUACAGGAACAGCACCAUCCUUUACAUCCUCGGGCCGACUCUUUUAGACUUCCUCUUCCUUCUCUUUCUGUUGCCCUCCACUCUGCUCUUCCUGCUGGAGAAUGUGUCCUGCUCUGUCAUCAUGCCCUUGGGCUAUGUGUGGUUGCUUUUCAGGGUGUCACUGCUGUCAUACAGCUUGUGGCUGUACACGCUGACAUUCAUCAGCAUCAAGAGGUGCACGUCCAUCCACUGCCCGCUCUGGCUCUGCUGCCACCGUCCCCAGCACCUGUCAUGGGUGGUCUUUGCCCUGCUCGGGGCCUUCUUCAUCAUUCUCAUCACUAUCUUUGCCGUGAUGCUUUCUCUGUGCAUGUUCCAGCUAUCUGAGCACUGCUGGGUGUCUCUCACCUCCAUGUACACCUUCAACCUCCUCCUCUGUGCUCCCUUCAUGCUCGUUUCCAGCAUAAUCCUCUUCAUUAAGGUCAAGCCUGGCUCCCAUCAGCAGCAGCCCAAGAGAUUUGACAUUGUUAUCUGCCUCAUUGUGCUCUUCACUCUGCCCCGCAGUCUCUGCAAUUUCCUGCAGGAGCUCGGCUACACCGUUGUGCCCUCCCAGGCUGUUUUCCUGCUCGCCUGCAUCAGCAGCACCAUCAACCCCUUCAUCUACUUCUUGGUGGGGAGGUGCAGGAGGCCCUGCUCCAUGGGGUCCCUACGGCUCUCCCUCAGGAGGAUCUUUGAGGAGCCAGAAAAAAACAUUGCCCACAGGGAUGAUCCCUCUGUGGACACAGUGCUCUGAGCCUGUUGAUCCCUUCCACUGCACUGCUGAAGGACCCUGGGACAGUGGCUGAGAGAUUCCUUGAGUCUCCUGAUCAAUAAAUCCCCACAGGGUCACCCUCCCUGUGCUGGUGCAUCCCCA